AUGACAACAUCUUCUUCAACAUCUAAAACUGGGGCUUCUGUUAUUGACUCUUCAAAGUCGACUAAAGUUUCAGAAGCCCCCUUUUCUUCUACAACCACAGACCACGAGCCACAGUCUCCUUCAACUCAAACCUCCGUGCAGAACAACGGAAUAGCAGCAACAGGAGAAGGUGACUCUGCUUUUUAUGAUGGUGCUGCUAGUGAUGAUCAUACACUUGCAGCAGCAGCUGCAGCAGCAGCUGCAUCCGGAUCUUCGGCCUCAGAUAGCUCUGCUAUUGCAGAGUUUUACAAACUUCCACCGCAAGAAAGACGCCGACUCAAGCGUCUUGUCCAUCCGUCUAAGCGGAAACGUAUAGCUGUAGCUUGCGACAGUUGUAAGCGCCGAAAACAAAAGUGCGACGGAAAUAACCCAUGUUCGCUAUGUAAAGAACGAGGAUUUGAAUGUGUUUUUUCAAAGCCGGUUCCAGAUCAGCGAAUGCAGGCCUUAAUUCCACUCAUCAAGCGCCGAAGAGUCUCUAAAAAAGCUGUUACGGAGCCUGGCUGUAGCGGAACCGGAUCAGCCACUGAUACGUCACCCGGCGAGGCCACUGGUCCCAAAGUAUCUACAACUACAGUUUCUGCUCAACAACAACAGCAGCAGCAGCCUCCAAAAGACUCACCGGGUCAUUCAGGCAAUUCAGACUAUUCCUCUCAGGCAUCACCAAAUAUCCAACAUCACCAGCGACAUCUCCAUUCUGAUUCUGCUUUACCUGUGUCUCCUUCACUUGACCAGCCCUUGGCUCUCCACCACUCUCCAACCACGACAGCUGUUCGCCGCCCAAGUGUGACGCAAACAACAGUUCCACAACAUUCCCUAACACCUCCGCCCACCACAAACAACAACAACAAUAACAAACUGUCCGGGACUGGCUGUGUUUUACCAAGCAUUUCAAACCACUUUAAUCAUCCCGCAGCUACUGCUACUAUUUCCACCACAAAUGCAAACCCCAUCGGGUCUGUUGUCGGAUCUGUUGUCGGCUCCGCAGAAUCAACUGCAGCAAUGCUCGCUCACUCGUCACCAUCUCCUGCAAGCGUUGGUUCUCCUAGCUCUCAUUCGCUUUCGUCAAAUUCCCCAUUAACUCUUGGUGGACCCGCAAGUCCUUCUAAUACUGUGACUUCAGCACCUCAUCCUCCGUCUCAACCUCUCCAACAGCAGCAACAACAGCAACAGCAGCAACAGCAGCAACAGCAGCAACAGCAGCAACAGCAGCAACAGCAGCAACAGCAGCAACAGCAGCAACAGCAGCAACAACAACAACAACAACAACAGCAGCAGCAGCAGCAGCAACAACAACAGCAGCAGCAGCAGCAACAUCAAGCAACAUUCUUCGCUCGACCUCAACAGUUCCCAACAUCUACAACUAUAUCUCUACCUCCAGUCUCAUCAAACCUUCCUAUCCCUUCUCCUCAAAUCAACAAUAGAUUUCCAACAUCGUCAUCUACUUCCUCUGCGUCCAUGCCCAUGCCAUCACUCCAUUCGGUCCUGCUAUCCACGCGAAACCCACUCAAACCGCCAGACUAUCAGGUAGAGUCAGUGGGUGAGGGAAAGGAUCCGCGUCUGCUUUAUGACCGCAAAACAGGCAAUAUGCGAUACCUUGGCGAAAGCUGCACACUUUCUCUUGUAGAACAAAUUCGCAGCUUAUUCCGCCAACGGAUAGGCGAGUCUGCCUUCACAGAAGAUCCUGAGCGGUACAUUAUGGUUGACGGCCCUAAAUUUACCGUUUCGCUUAUCCCAGUGCAACUUCCUUCUAAGAGACUGACAACUUACCUUGUUCAGGCGUUUGAAAAGCAUGUCCAACCAACGGGAUUUGUUCUGAUGUUCCCUCAGUAUUGGCGCGACGUAGAUCAAAUCUACGAAAGCCCUGUUUCGGCAUCAAAUUCGCAACUGUGUCUUCUUUACUUGGCCAUUGCUCUCGGCGGUGUUUACUUCACCACUCCACCAAUCGAGGUCAACAUUGAUGCAGACACGGCCCAAGAACUUCAACACAUCAACUUGGCUUCUUACUUUGAAAGUGCCUUAGGAUAUCUUCGCGACUCGUUUGAGGACGGCGAUCUGUGGGUAGUCCAAGCGUACUUUAUGGUAUCGCUUUAUUACGACGUCAUGUGCAAGCGCAACGCAUCUUGGGUGCAACUUGGUAUCUCGAUUCGCUACGCGCAAGCUCUGGGCAUGGGCCGCAAAUGGAUUGAUUUGUCCUUUUCACCAGUAAUGCAGGACUACCGCAAACGACUAUACCGAACCCUCUUUCUUCGUGACCGUCUCUUGUCUAUCUACCUGGGCCGGCCCAUGGCGUUUGGCAACGACGAGCUGGAGCAACACGUCAUUGAAGACCCCAAGUGUAAAGACGACGAAGCACAGAUCCAAAUGGUCAAGUUGUGUCAAAUUAUUGGCGACAUCUGGAACAAUGUCUAUCGCUCUCGGUACAUUAGCAGCAGUACAUCGCAGUCCCUUACUACACGACUUAAAGCCUGGUCGGCUUCAUUUCGUAAAUUUGCAUGUGAUACCGCCGUGGAGCAACAAGAAAAAGAGGAGGAGCGGAAAAUGAGAAACCAAGAUCCCGAGUCUCCAAGGGCUACAAAUAGUACUUCGACCGGUUCCAAUACUGGUGCUGCCGGCUCAUCCAUAGGAAGAGAACCGACUCCAGCCACGGCUCAUGAUGCUGGCAUCAUUGACGUAUCUCACAGAAUCCCUUGGGACCAGCAUCAACUGCUUAACCUUAACAUGACUUAUCUCCACGGAAUUAUCCUGCUCACACGGCCUUUUCUUUUUUAUAUGGCUGCUCGCCGGUCUUCUAGUACAAGCUCACUCGACCCAGACGCUAUCCGGACACUUGAAAACCUGGCAUCUAAGUGUGUUCAAAGUGCCUUGACUUCUGUCAAGCUCAUGGAAAACACAUUUUUUAAUAACCGUCAUCCUAAACGCUCCACCCUCGUGUCUUAUUUUAUUUUCACUUCGGGCGUCAUGCUUCUUCUCCGCGCUUACAAGUGUAUCCCGUCGGAACAGUCAUCACUUUCCAUGGGCAUUUCGGGCAGUCUUAGGAUCCUUUCGUAUUACAGCAAUGUGGAUCCAUCUGCUAAGCGAUUUUGGAAUAUCCUAAAGGAAAUGCACAUGGCUGUAUCGCAGCGCCAAAUUAGUCUCAUCAAUAAUAAUACUACUGGUGAAACGCCCAGAGGUAGUACCUCAUCGUCGAUGCACAACAACCCCAAACAACCACCAGAUGGUAACAGGCACCCUUCACAACAGCAGUCCAAUGAAAACAGCGGAGGGCAAAUGCCGUCGGGUGAUGUGCCAAAAGAUGUGCGAUCGCUUAGUGCUGGUAUGCAAAACCUGCAAUCAAAAUUAAACAAGCAAGGUACAACGGACCCGUCAUUUAGUCCCGUAGAUCAACAAGAUCAACCAACAGCAGAGGCUGCAGACUCACCAACGUCUUCGUUCAUCACUCGCACACCAUCAUUUGUCACGCGUAUCAUGACUAGCAGCUCGGUGCCAACGCCAAUUGCUGAUAGCCCUCUUGCAAACCCGCCAAAUGGAGAAAUAUACUCAAGCUCAGCUACUACUUCAAACCUUGGUACCUUGUCCAAUGCUGCGGCAUCGGCGUCAGCUACGACGACUUCCAACCCGUCUAUACCUGCACCUCUUGCACACAACGUACCAUCUAUGACGGUUUCUUCUGGCCUAUCUAGCGUCCCGGUGCCCAUGUCUGCAAGCAUUUCAAGCUAUGCUGCAACUAAUGGCCAUGCUGCACCCACGACUACAACAUCAAAUUCUACUCCAGGUAUGGUUGCUGGGAGUGCUGCGCCGUCACCAUCUCUUGGCCACCCUCUCCCACCAUUACCCAUGAAUGCAGGUGGCAGUCCAGCUAGUUUGUUUAUGAACAUUGAAGAGAUUGAUUUCACAACAGGUGAGCUAGACCAGUGGCUGUUUACAUCGACAGGCCCCGUGAUUGAUUCGCUACUAAAUGGAUCAGCAACUGCGGGACCUGAGGGAGCGCCUGUGGUAUCUCCAGAGGGUCAUACUACAGGAGUGUCUGCAACAGGAAAUAAUGACGCGCCAUCAUCUCCAAAACAAGGCAAGAAGCAAAUGAGCCGACCUGGGUCUAUGAGCGAGAAUGAAAGAUAUUCCACGCGUGACAAACUCAGUGAUAAUGGGGUGGCGCAACCACAGAUGCAGCACCAGUCUCAGCUAAACCAUGUAUCAGAACAUUCACAGUCGCAACAUUAUGCACAGGCGCCACAACAGCUACAGCAAAACCUUACCGGGUGCAUGGCAAGUGCUGGUACUCCACCAGGACAGGUGCUGAAUGGAGGUGGUUGUGAUACACGUGUGGGAACGACAACUAGUACUCCGCUACAGCCGGAUUACUUGUCACCUGAGUUUGAUACGAUUCGCGGGUUUCUCAUGCAUCCUGGGUAUUAA